CCAGACACUCACUGGCUGGAGCGAGGCUGGCCACCAUGUCCAUGCUCGGGGCCUUCCUGAUGCUCUGGGGUCUCUCCCUGGGCCCAGCAACCGAGGCGAUGCAAGCAUUGGACCCGCCGAUCCUGUGGAUAGAGGCCGAAUCGCUGCCGGAACCCUGGGCCAACGUGACACUGACUUGCCAAGCCCGCGUGGAGACCACGGAUUUUGAGCUGUUCAAGGACGGGGUAACCCAGGGACGUGUACACCUUGGUUUACCCACCAUGGAGCACCGGUUCCCCCUAGGAGCAGUGACAAGUGACACCCGGGGCCUCUACCGCUGUCGCACUGGCUUCACUGUUGGAUGUUGCUCACAGCUGAGCAGCCUCCUGGAGGUGACUGGGGCAGAGACCCUGCCCCCACCUUGGCUCUCAGCCCAGCCUGUGCCCUGGAUCACACCUGGCCUGGACACGAAACUGCUGUGCCGCGGGGGAUUUCGGGGUGUGACCUUCCUGCUGAGGCUGGAAGGCGACGACCAGUUUCUGGAGGUGGCGGAGGCCCCUGCAGACGUGGAAGCCGCCUUCCCAGUCCGGCGGCCCGGGAACUACAGCUGCAGCUACCGGACCCAUGCGGCAGGCUCGCCCUCUGAGCCUAGUGCCACCGUGACAGUCAGAGAGCCCGGUGCACCUAUGCCGCCCACGCUGAGUCUCGGUGGAAGAUCUGCGAUCAUCAUUAACCCGGCCUCCCCCAUGACGUUCACCUGCGUUGCGCCCAUAAGCGGCGUGCAGUUCCAGCUCAGGCAGGGCGAGGAGCUUGCUCAAGUACCCAUGAACUCCCCCACCCCAACUACCGCCUAUUUUGUGCUGAACUCGGUGGCUCUGAGCGACCGCGGCUUCUACACCUGCCGCUAUCGGCUGCGUGACCAGCAAACCUGGUCCGGGGACAGUGAGCCCGUCGAGCUGGUGGUCAGCGACGAGACGCUCCCCGCGCCCGAGCUCCUGCUCGAGCCCGCGACCCUGCGGCCCGCGCCCGGCGAGUCGGUGCAGCUGCGGUGCCUGGCGCCCCGGCCCGGCCUGCGCUUCGUCCUGAUGCGCGUGGACCACCGCCAGCGCCGGGUGCUCCGUGUCCUGAGCCCCCCGGACACCGAGGCCCGCUUCGAGCUGCGCGACGUCUCGGUGGCGGACUCGGCCAACUACACCUGCAUAUAUGUGGACCCUGCGCCACCCUUCGCGGGCUCGGCGCCCAGCGCGCCGGUGCACCUCCGCGUGGACGGGCCCCCUCCCAGGCCCCGGCUCAGGCCCCUGUGGAGCGAGCCUGUGACGCCAGGCACCGACGCCGUCCUGCGCUGUGAGAGCCAGGUGCCUGACGUCAGGUUUGAGCUGCUGCGAGUCGGUGAAAACGAGGCUUCGACCUACACUUGGGCCACCCACCGCUCAGCAGACCUCGUGCUGACCUACGUGGGCCCCCAGCACGCGGGCAACUACACGUGCCGCUACCAAAUGUGGUCUCCCUACUCGAUGGUGUCUGAUUUCAGCGAGCCGGUGGAGCUCCAGGUGGCAGGUGCAGUUUUUCUCGGAUCUGUGGGUUCUGUGAGCCGGCUUCUUCCUGCUGGCCUUUGCCCAGAUCGUUUCCUGUGCCAAGCCUGCCCCGUCCCUGCACCUCCUCCCGGCAGUUAGGUGGUGUGUCUCCUC